AUGCAAAAUACGCUCAAUGCGAACACUUUACUAUCACCUGUUGAGGCACUAACCGCGACAUACGAUCGGGAGCGCUUUGAGGAUAUCGGGCACAUGACCUGUAUGACGUUGGUGCUGCUUGGUAAUUAUGCCCAGACGGGGCAUUUUGGCGGACCGUUGGCUUACACGCCUUACAAUGUCGCACUCCAUUUAGCGGGUCCAGAACUUGGGGGUUUGUGCUACGACUAUCGUAACCCCAAGCAUCCGUUCUGCGACAAGUUUAUGCUCGCCGGCGGGCAUAACAUUCCUACCGCGUAUGCGUUGUGGAUGAUUAUGGGCGAAGCAAUGGCGCGGGCGCACACGGCCACAGGUGAUCCACGUUACAAGGUUGCACCGGAAAUUGCUAUGUUGCCGAUAGAUGCACUCGGUUUUCGACGUGGUGCAGGGGCACUAAAGACAUUGCUGAAAGAGAACGACUUGGAGGAGCAUCCGCUUUUUGCACAGGCAAAACUACGCGGCAUCCGGUCGCUAGCGGGACAUUCGGAAACAACCGAUUUGACUAACGAUGUCAACGGAGGACCUUCAGGUAUCGGUAUAGCAACAGCCGCCGGCAAAGCGGCGUUUUGGAACUUUCUAGAUGCUCCUGAAUCACUGAAGGUGCUCGCACUUGAGGGCGAAUUUGCCAUGACCGAGGGACACGCCCAAGAGCUAAAAACGCAGGCACUCGCAAUGCAGGUGGGGAAACGCUUGCGUAUCCUGCUCUCUUAUAAUAACGCUGGCAUCGAUGAUACCUUAGUGGGUGGGGUCAUUGAUUCCAAGUAUAAGCAGUACGAGCUUGAGGAGCAGUGGACCUCCUACGGGUGGAAUGUGUUUGCCCUUGAAAACGGCAACGAUUACGAUCAGAUUCUUGCGGUUCUCAAAACCAUGGAAGACUGGGACGCCGAUGACCGACGCCCCAUGAUUGUUAUCGGCAGGACGGUCAAGGGCUAUUGGCCCAGUGCGGUGAUUGGGAAGAUUGAGGGGUACGGGGAUCAGUUGGUCAGUUACCCAAGCCACCCGUAUGGCUUAAAAAUGAACGAAGAAUAUUUCGUUGCCUUGGCAGAGACCGUCGAGAGGCGUUAUGGGGUAGAAUUUGAGGGUAUCCGCAACGGACCGGUAACCGAUGAGCGCGAGCGUCUGAUACAGUUAAAGACCAACAUUGACGUGGUGAUGUCGCUGCUCGAUCAAAAUGGACUGGGAGACUGGCUUGCGAAUCGACUCAUCAAUAUUGGUGAUGCGGUUCAGGAUGAUUUGCCGCUGCGGGUUGAUACCAAGCGUGAUCCGUUUCUGGAUGACCAACUUCGGGCGGAAAAUCUUCCUGUCGAGCCGCAGACACUCACCGCGAAGAAUCCUGUAUCGGGUGAGGAGCAGGAGGUGGAUAUUAGCCUGUUCAAGAAACCCGGAGAGGUUGCUGGAACCCGUCGGGCGAUUUCAGAAAUUAUCAAGUGGAUGAACUAUGUGACAGAUAACCGCUUUAUUACCCUUGCUGCUGACCUCUCAGAGUCGAUCAAUGUUGAACAUGGUAGCCUUUGGGGACAUUACAAUCCGAUCACCAAUCCAGCAGGCACGCGGUUCAAAGCCCCUAUCCAAGAAGCGGGGAACGUGUCAAGUGCCAUCGGGUGUGGAAACUCUUCCCGCGGGGUCAGGCGAUCCAUGUCAGUUUCUGGGAUUACAACGAUGUUGCUCCGGGUGUAUUUCGCCGCUGCUGAGGUUGCCGCUCGUGAUCCGCGGGUCGGGGUCAUUAUCAUCGAAGUCGCUCGUCCGGAUUUUCCAGUGGCUGACCGCAAUACAUUUGCAGACAGCGAUCUCAAGGCAGCCGCUAAAGGGCUAUACGUCAUUCGUGAUUUUAACCCAGACCAGCCCAAACACGGUUAUGUGGUCGUCCAAGGUUCUAAUUCUACUGUCAAUUUGGUUCAGAUUAUCCCCCGACUAGAGGAGCAGGGCAUAAACGUGAAAAUCAUCGCGGCUGUGAGUGAAGAGUUGUUCGAUCUGCAGCCCGAUACCUAUCGCCAAUCCGUGUUGCCUCCAGAAGCACGCUACGACCUGAUGGUGGUGAGCACAGGAACACAACGCGUUUGGCCAAUCAAAAAUCUCGGACCGUUGACGGACGCCUAUUCGCUGACCGCAGACUGGGAUAAUCAGUGGCUCACCGGCGGAACCGAACCGGAUGUGAUCACGGAAGCACACCUCGACGCUCGAGUCGAUCUUUGCCGGGAUUAA